AGAACUUGAACUUGGCGAGCGCGUGCGCACCCGUGGGAAAAUUCUCAAGGCAAUUUUACGCGUGGCGCUAAAACCACCUGAGAUAAAGGAAAGCUUUGGAAAGAGUUCAGACACCAGCACUCUUGAGUGCGCGGAUUUUGGACCAUCUCUGGAAGUUCCAUUAGCUGGAAAUUGAAUAUCGUCCAGGUGCACUGCAAGCCCCCUCCUGUCCAGGGGAGUGUGAGAGCAUUAUUCGCCCACGAUGAGAACGAUUUUCCCGCUUACUGUGUAUUGCAUCAGCCUGCUCUUCUCACAACUGCUGGCUCUACCUGUGAGUAGCCCGCUGGGGAAGAAGAACAGGUUGGACUUCAUGACCAGACUCCAUCAGCUGAGAGAAAGAAGUACCAUCUCUUUAGACGUUACAGAGCAAUCAAACACUGACCAUGGCGUAUCCAUCGACCGCAAAAUUCUGUGGAGGGCCAUCCUAUCCAAAUCACCACCUUCAAUGAACCCAACAGGAAGCCCACUCCACAUCACCCAGGCAAUGGGAGGAGAGUCCACCGAAGUGGGUGGAGGCCCAAAGCAAAUAGGAUCAAGAAGUCGUCGCCAUGUACACUCGCGAGGUCAUCAUAACCAUCAUAAUGCCCAGCUGAUGCGCGUCGGAUGUGUCCUUGGUACCUGUCAGGUUCAAAACCUCAGUCACCGCCUAUACCAGCUGGUUGGCCAAAGUGGACGUGAAGACUCCUCCCCCAUUAACCCUCGCAGUCCGCACAGCUACGGAUGAGUUUUGGAGAGUAUUCGGCCUAAACUAAGAACCAAACAAAACAGCGUUACACGUAUUUGUCUUGUUUUUUGUCAAUUUUACUGCAAGUAGCUCUGAAUAAGAUACUGCUGUAGGACUCUAUUCUCUCUGCCUUUGUUUUCUGGAGCGUAUACUGUGCCUUUUUGGACAGAACGGAAAUCUGUUACUCAAUGACAAACUCUUAGAUUUGCUGACUCUAAAUAGACUUUGGCCAUCGGUAUCCCCUUUUUUGGUUCUUGAGUCGGUAUUUUGAUAUUGUCAUCUUGUUAAGGUGAUGUUUAAGUCCCAUUCUUCAGAAAAAAAAAAAAAAAGAAGAUUAAUCUGGGUGAUGCCGAAUUGCACUCCAUCUCAUCUAAGGCUGUUAACUUCUACACCAGUGAUCAAACUGUCUAAGCCUUUAAUUUGGAUUUCAAGGAAUGCGAUUGGAUUUCUGUCAAGCCCGUGUAUUCCAAAAGACUUUAAGACUGAACCUCUAACCUCAAGUCUCCAACACGAAGGCUAAAAAUUCAGAGAAUAAAUCCGACAGUGAUUAGUGAUAUGGGACUUAGGGAGCCGUUCACACCGAACGCGUUCUAGCACUAAAAAAAGCUAGAUGCAGCACAAUAAACAGAACAAAAUGCAAGUACCUCAAGACAUGUUUUUAAAAGUUAAAGUUGUUUUUAACUUGGCACAACAUCUAAAAAACAAGGUGCUCCUGAGCGAGACACAGCGCAAUGGUCAAAGAGGUUAACAUGGAAAAAAACUGAAAAACAGCGCAGAAUCACACAAAACGCAUUUGGUGUGAACGGCCCCAUAUGCCCUCAGGCAGUUGACGACAACAUAGCUUCUAACUUAACUAGUUACUUAAACCUUGAGUUUACAUCAUAGGGGGGAUUUUGUAAACAAUGGGGAAUUGUCUUUGAAAAAUUAGAUGAUUUUCCAAACACAUUGGUCACUUGGAUGAGAUUGCAUAGCAUUACACUAGCACCCUACACUGAAUCCGGAUUAACACAUUGUUCCUUUUCCAUACACCUUAUAGUCGUGUCUGAAAUAUUAUACAUGUGAUUCAUAAAUUCUAAGGUCAUAACAACGAUGGCCAUCUAAAGACUAAGUUAUAAUCCCCUAGAUCUCAGUUUCCACUCUUACAGAGUCCUGCUGGGCUUUGCCACAUUUCAUAUACAGAAGCAAACUUUUUCUAAAUGUUUUCUUAAUUAUGGUUAUAACACACCCUUAAAUAACCAUAACCUAGGUUACAGCUCCAUAACAGACCCAAAACUAGCUAAAGGCCUGUUUUAAAAACCAUUUUCACCAUUUCUAUUCAACACUUGACCAUAAUCAGAAAAGAAAGGAACCCACAUUGAUAAUAUAUAUUAAAAUGUUCGUACUAAAUUGCAUAAUUUUGUUAGAAAUUGCCUAGUAUGAAAAAAAAAGUAUCCCCAACACCCACUGACUGGCAUGUUUUUGUGUGGGUCAUUUAAAGGAGUUUUCCAAGUUAAGCUCAAUCGACUGCAUUUUUAUGUUGAUUGCCACAAAAAUGUAUCUCGACUUGUCCCUCCUUUUCUUUAAAAAAAAUGUGGGUUUCAGCGAGGCACUUACAAUGGAAGAAAAUGGGAACAAUCCGUAAACGUUAAAAUACUCACUUUCAAAAGAAUAUUCACAAACAAUGUGACGUAAAAAAUAUAUGUAAAGUUAUAUCCAAUUUUACAACUUAAACGCCAUAAACCCUAGAACAGUAGUCUGUCGCAAAAACGUUAAUUUAAACAAUUUUACAGCUCAAAUAAUUAAUGUAAAUGCUUUUAUAAUGAUUUUUGCUACUUUUUUUUUUUU